AUGCAACGCUAUGGAGGCCUUGUGGUUGACGGAUACCAAUAGUUUGAUAGCCGUGGCUAGCUUAAAGCUAACGCUCGUCCCAGCCGCUGCUUUUAUACUGAGACAAUGGGCAGAGUAAUAAAAGAAAAAGCGACACAAAGAAGCGGCUAGCUGCAAAAGAACAACACAUCUGAGCACCGCCGAUGUGGGCUGUGCUAAGCAGAGAGGAGGGCAUGAUUUCUUCUUUUUUUUCAUACCAGCUAAUUGCGGCUAAAGCUAUAGAGUCAAAGUAUGCAGUUUUAAAACCUUUAAUGCUUCAAGAGUCACGUUAAAGGAUGUCUCAAACGGAGCUUUAAAAGCAGCUCGUACUAAAAUGUUGGUCUUUCAAUCCCGAAACGUCAUUAGAAGGGAUUUUAUCAUGCAUGGUUGAUGAAGGAAGGACUUCUAGAAGUUUUCGUGUGGCCAGUAUAUUCUGGAAGAUGCUAUAUAGAUCAUGGUGGACCAACUUCAGAUUGGUGUAGUUGGGCUGCAGUUGUAAGAUUCAGACGAGAAAUGCGUUUUACUUCGUGUACAUUCAAUAUACACAAGGCACGAAAAAUCUAAAAACAGACAAGAACUUAGAAACUCAAGAAAACACUUUGAGUUUGCAUUAAACUCAAACUGUUUGAGUUUGAGUUUAAGUUUAAUGCAUAGCUUUCUUCAAGAGCAGUGGGUCUGCUGCCUCCGGCAGAUCUGGAGACACAUGCAGGUCUUCAGACCCUUUGUGGGGGUUAAUGUUAACUUUGGCUAAAGUUAUGUGGGACAGAGCAGUAUUUUUUUAAUAUAAAGAUGAUUUAAUAAAUUGAGUAGACUUGUUUUAGCUGGAUUUUGUUAUGACAAUGCAACAAACAUCACUGAUUUUACAACGAGUCAGGACUGAAUGUUCUAAAUAGAGAGAUGCCAUUCAAUAAAAAAUGCAAAGAUUCUUGUUCUUUUAAAACUCACAAUGACAGGGAAGACUUGAAUAUCUGGUGAAAUGGAAAGGAUGGGCAAUGAAGGACAGCACCUGGGAGCCAGAGGAGAACAUCCUGGACGACAGGCUCAUUCUGGGUUUUGAGCAAAAGGAACGGGAGAGGGAAAUGCACGGGCCCAAAAAACGUGGGCCAAAGCCCAAAAACUUUGCGGCAAAGGGUCGCGGUCAGAAAGCAGAGCCCACCAGUCGCGCCUCCAGCAGCCGGCAGAACACGCCUCGGUCCUCCUCAACCACUUCCAGUCGAGCAUCUUCCUCCUCCUCCUCUUCCUCCUCCUCUGCUGCUCCUAAUGCUUUACCGUUCUCCUCCUCCUCGUCAGCGCCAGCACCUUCCCCCAAACUCAACUCUCUCGCGGCCACCCACAAGUUGAAGAAAGACAUUCACCGUUGCCACCGGAUGUCCAGGCGCCCCCUGCCUCGCACAGACCCCACGGGGCCCGCCUUUUCCAGUUCGAGUGGCUUCCAGUCCCGCAUGCACGUCUCCCCUUUCUCCGAGACCGUCCGCAUCCUGAACCGCCGGGUCAAACCCCGAGAAGUCAAGAGAGGGCGGAUAAUCCUCAACCUGAAGGUGAUCGACAAGCCGGGCAGGGGUGGCGGCGGCGCGGCGGGAUCCAGGAACGUGCAGACGGGUCGCCAAAACAUCCCGUCUCGUAAUCGCAUCAUCGGCAGGAAGGGAGAGGCCCCCUACAGACCUUUCCAGCCUCCUUUAAAGAUGCUGGGCUUCCCCAUGUACGGGAAGCCUUUCGGGCUGCAGUGUGGCGGGCCCAUGUCCUUUCACUCCCAAACAAGGUCCAGCUCGACUACAGCAGCCAGGGACAGCAACAGCAGCUCUUCACAGCGCCAGGCACUGCCUCCUUCGUCUUCUUCCUCCACCUCCACCAACAUCACAGCUAAACACCCUCAGUCUGCCGCAGACGCCUCCAAGAAGUCAAAAUCCAGUAAAUCGCCAGAAACCCAAAAUGCCUCAUGUUCAGAAGCAAACAAAACCGCAGGACCCCCCUCUCCGUCUCCAUCUUUGGAAGAUCAAGACGAAGAUGCCAUGGACUGCUCCGAAGCCUCUGAGGGAGUCAGAAGUCCUUGCCAGCACAAAGCUCCCUCCACGGUUUCCUCCGUGGCUCUGGAACAAUCCUCGCCCCCCCUUGAAUCCAAAAGGGUCCCCGCCGAGGGAGACCCCGACUGGCACCCGGAAAUGGCACCAAGCUGCAAGGACGUGGUGGUCACUGAUGUAACCACCAACCUCGUGACCGUCACCAUAAAAGAGUUUCCUUCUCCAGCGUCAGGGCCCGCCUCGCCUUCCGCUAGCGUUGAAAACGGCUCCACACCUCCUCCCACCGCAACGUCCGAGGACUCCUCCGUCCCAAAGCCAUAAGAGAUCCAAUAAUACAAACUGUAAUGCCAUUUGGGAAAGAAAACUAUAUAUAUAUAUAUAUAUAUAUAUAUAUAUAUAUAUAUAUAUACAUACACAUAUAUAUAUGUAUGUGUGUAUAUAUAGGUAUAUCAUGCCAGUGUUGCCACUUCAGCCCUGUUCUACCUGCUCUACAGAGGGUUUGCCAUUAUUUGUUAGAUACUAAAUGAAAUACAGGGUUUCCCCCAGAGAACUUGCUGAACCCGGUGGUCAGUGCUCUAGGGCAGUCCACCAGCAGCCCACCCUGCUUUUUGUUAAAAAUUGUUAAAAGUGGAACAAAUAUGCUCUCACAUCAGACUCUCUGCUCGCUCAUAGCAAACCUCUUAAAGCAAGACUAAGCCUUUAUAGUUGUGCUUUUAGAGAGUUGCGCUGAGUGAGUCGAGCAAGCGGUGAGUCUUUUGCACUUGACGUAUAUUUUGGUCUGGUACUCACUGAAAAGACAGCCUUCAUAGAGGGAUUGUGUACAGGCGAAGCUGCUCGGCGAGAACAGCUUCUGAAUAGACAAUUUUGAGGGAAAAUUAGCCGAUUACAAAAAUACAGAGGUGCACAUCCAGAGUGUGUGAGGAUGAUUGGUCCGCCAUCUUGGCUUUGCACCCAGUUCAAUGCUUUAAAGAGACAGUUUUAUGUAAAAUCUACUUUUUUGAGCUUAACAUCAUGUUAUAAUAUUCCCUCAUCAAAAACAUACCUGGAUGUUGCCUUAAUUCAUUCAUGCAUGUAUGAAAAAUCCUUUAAUCUCCAUGGCAACCAUUCAGCUGUGUAAAAGGGCUGGGUGAAUCUAGCACUGCCUUUGAGGCGAAACUCCUUUGAGCUGCAGUUUCCGAGCUUCUGCCUCUCUCACUCAGCUCCUACAGACUAGCCAGUCAGCAAUUAGCGAGCACCUAGUGCAACUGCACACCUGCUGAGCUCAUUAUGCUAGCUACGUCUUAAUGCAACCCUGUUACAAAUGUUGUUAAAGGGUUAAUAGAGGAACAAUGUUAUGACGACUUCCUGAAGGAGUUUUUAAAUGAUAGAUGCCCAAUUUCAAGGUGCUAAGUUACAAAUUAAAAUGUUUUUUAUUUCA